GAUUUAAGAAAGGCCCCAUCCAUCAGAUUGGGUCAUUAUUUGUAACCAUUUCAAGCUUCAAGCAUUCACAUUCGUUGCCUAUAACAUUUCUGAAAUCAGUGCAAUCUGCAGAUCAAUGGGCAGUAGCCUGGGUUUGAUUGGAUUUUUUAUUAUCAUAGCAGGAGUGUUUGAGAGAACAACUGGAGAAACCUACAUGGUUGGAGAUGACUUGGGCUGGACGAUUCCUCCCCAUGGCGCUUCAACAUACUCCACCUGGGCUGCCGAAAAAGAAUUCUCCAUCGGUGACACUAUCGUGUUCAACUGGACUGGAACACACAAUGUGGGUGAAGUAUCCAAGGAGGACUAUGAUAAAUGCACGACCGUACACCUUGUCGAUGAAAUCCAACAAAUCAGCCCAGCAACUUUUACUCUAGAUUCAAACGGCAGUCGUUUUUUCAUCUGCACUGUGGAUUCACACUGUGAACGUGGUCAGAAGGUGACAAUCAACAUUGGCGAAUACAGUUUUGCCUCGUCAAUGACUGUCAGCUCCAUGUCUGCAAUUUUCUCCAUCUUAACCUUACUCUUUAUUUCAAGUUAUUAUCUUUAACAGCAAUCAUAUUGUGCAGCUGUUGGACUGUAUACUGUAUUGCUUUCCCAGGAUUGCUGGCAUGUUAUUAAUUAAUAGAGGACAAUCCAUAUCUGUUUUUAGCAGUUUCUGAAAUCACAGACAAUUUAAUGACAGAGAAGCAUUGUAGAUUCAAAUUUUAUCGAAAUUGAAUAAAGUGUUGUAUUUCCUUUUGGGUCCUGACUGUAAA